AUGGAUACAGAAAUUCAGUACUGGACAAAAGUGUUAACUAGAGUAGUUGCCGUUGUCAAAUCAUUGUCUUCAAGAGGAUUGUCAUUCAGAGGAGAUAAUGAAAUAUUUGGUUCAACACAUAAUGGUAAUUUUAUGAUGGCCAUUGAACUUAUUGCAGAGUUUGAUCCUUUUUUGGCUCAACAUAUAAAAACAUAUGGACAUUUAGGAAAAGGUCAUACAUCAUAUCUGUCUUUCCACACUUAUGAACAAUUUAUUAUUGUUAUGGCAAAUCAAGUAACUGAUCAAAUCAUAAAAGAAGUUCACAAAGCACGUUAUUUUUCAAUAAGUGUGGACUCAACUCCAGAUAUUUCUCACAAAGAUCAACUCUCUUUUAUUUUACGCUAUGUGUCUGAAAAUGGAAAGCCUGUAGAACGUUUUUUAUGUUUUAUUGAAAAUAGUGGUCAUGAAUUGACAGAUGCAGUUUUGACUGUAAUUAACUCCUAUAACAUUGACAUAUCUUACCUUAGAGGACAAACGUAUGAUAACGCAAUGAAUAUGUCUGGACAAUAUAGUGGACUACAAGCUAGGAUUAAAGAAAUUAAUCCUUUGGCUGAUUACAUACCAUGUUCAGCACACUCAUUAAACCUCAUUGGUACAUGCGCUGCAAGUUGUUGUAAAAAUGCUUCUUCAGUAAAAGAGUUAUCUACAACACGUUGGUCUGCACGAGAAGAUGCAUGUAGAAGCUUAAAUAAUAAUUGGGAUAGAGUAAUCAGUGCCCUUAAAGAAAUUAAAAAUAAUGAUAAACAAAAGGCACAAACGCGAUGUGAAGCAAAAGUGGUUGAAUUGUAUGAAUCGCUCAUUCAAUAUAUCUCUAAUCUUCGUAAUGAAAAAAUGUUUAAAAUGUAUGAAGAUCGAGCUUCUAAAUUACAUGGAGAUGACUUAGAUAAAAGCUUUUGUAAUGAAUGUGUACACUUCCAAAGUCAUAUUAAGUCUCUUAAAGAUAAAGCACCAAAAAAUAUUCGGGACCUAAGUACACUGAUACGAUCCAAAGAUUUACAAACAAUCUAUUCUUAUGUAGACAUUGCACUUAGAAUGUUUCUGUGUACACCAGCAAUGAAUUGUUCUUCAGAAAGAUCUUUUUCAACCCUAAGAAGAUUAAAAACAUAUCUUAGAUCGGUUAUGAAUAAUGAUCGCUUAAAUGCUUUAGCUGUACUAAAUAUUGAAAGUGAACUAACUUCUAGCAUCAAUUAUGAUAACAUAAUUAAAGAAUUUGCCGAGUCACAAUCCAGAAAAAAAAUUUAA